CAGUCCCUCGGCAAUCCGAGAUUUGACAAUGACAGAAAAUUCGGAUCCGUAGUUUUUACUUGUCAAUUUUAAAUGCAACAAACCUUGCAAGUGGUCCAUACUCAUUUUCGUCAUGUAACCCAAUUUCUGAUUUAAGUUAUGAUUUUAAGAAAAUACCAAGAGUCGGUAACCAGUCCCUCAUAACUUCUCCGGUGUCUCGAAGCAUCGGAUAAUUGGAUUGAGCUUUUUGAGCUUACUCAUAAACUCAUUGAAAAACAAGGAAAUGGAGAUUAAUCCAUUGAGCGUUAUUCUAGUGAAGAGCGACAGUAAGGGUGAUCGAAUGUUGUUCAGAUAUCCUCACGCCGCUAAUCUAGAGAGAGACUCCAAACAGUUUACAAAGAGGAAGAACCCUUAUGCGUUAACAAUCAGUGAGGAUUUAUUACAAUCGUCACCAUUUCCAACAUCCAAUAUAAGCAAUGGGAAUCUUACUGGCUUAUCGGACGAAGUUUUGUCCACCCUCUUUGCUGUUAAGCCAGAGCUUUGUGAAUUGAAGUUUGAACUCAAAGUCAAUAAUGUACGCUUUGUUGGACACCCUACUUUGCUUCCAUCUAGGGGACUAAAAGAUGUAAAUUCAUCCAUGCUUUUCAAUAUAGUAUUCGCUUUGCAGGCACAAGCGAAUCACUCUGUUGUUAAAUGUUACUACGAUCUCAGUAAAAGACUGGGAAUAGCUUUGAGACACGAGGAAAAAAGAUGUGGAUUUCUUACUGACGAAAUAAAAGUGAUGGUUUCUACUCAUGACGAAGUAGCUGCCCGAUCAGAAGAGGAAAGUGAAUCUGAUGAAUCGCCUUAUGAACUUAUAUUACAACGAAGUUCCCUCGCUCGAGAUUUGAAGUCUGUCUUCAAUAGCUUGAGCACAUCAGGAGUAAUAAACAUCAUGGUUAAUAAAUGGAUACAAGUUAGCUUUUGUCUACCUCAAAAAGUUCAUCAAUCUCACAAAAAAGGAUUCAUUAUGAACCCGGAAAUAAUUGACAGAUGCCUCGAAAGUUUACGACCGUAUCAUGGCUUACUACUUUUGAUAGAGCCUUUAGAUUUGUUAGAUUCGCUUCCUGCUGACUCGGCUCCAGCGCUUGUACGUCUUAUACAAAUGUACAGCCCACUCAAAAGUCUUCAAACAUUAGCUGCAGAUUCAGAUCUCAGCUUAGCACAGGUAUUUCAACUGACUGGACAUUUAGUAUAUUGGGCAAAGGCUACCAUUAUCUAUCCCCUGUGCGAAAGUAACGUAUAUGUCGUAGCUCCAGAUGCUGUCCUCACGGCUCAAUUAUUAGAUGCAUUUUCAGAACAAUUUCCAGGAUUGUGUCUACUACAGGUGAUCAGUGAUUUUUCUUUACCGACAUCAAUUAGCCAAAAAUUGAAUCCCCUGAGCCAACCUCAGCAACAGACUCAAUUAGUGAAAAUAAUAAUUUGGCUAUUGAGAAAUCAUUUGUUACUCCAGCUGCAUACUUACGUUCAAUAUAUGCCAACCCUGCAUGGUUGCCAAAAAAUGACAAGUAUAACAGAAGAUGAUUCUGGGCUGAAUGAGUCUACGAAAAAUCAACACAGCUGGGAAGGCAAUGACACAUCUGCCGGUACACCAGGAGAAAGCGAUACAGGGGCUUCUCCUGCCUUACGUGGGACAAGUGGAAUUUUUGAGUAUCAAACAGAUGGUUUCGCAAUUCCUUCGGAGGAUAUGAUUUUACUAGAUAAAUUGUGUAGACUUGGGUAUCUAAAGGGCAGUCAUCAUCUCGAGGAAAUUAUGUAUCUUGAAAAUAUUCGAAGAUCGCAAUUGUUACAAAUAUUAGACAAAUUCAGAGAUGUUCUCAUCACGUGUGAAACAGAGGAUCCCGCAAUUGCACUUUUUUAUUCUCAUUUCGAUUGCUAAUCAAAUUUUGAUCACUGUUAUCCAAGAUGAAAAAUGCUGAAGUUUAUUAUACCUUGCAGAGACUGGUUGAUAAUUUUGUAACUUCCGUAAACAAAUUUAUAUUUAUUUUGACACAUUUAUGCCGUAUGCGUUUUACCUUCUGUUUGAAUAGGUGAAAUGCUAAGAGUGUUUUAAUAUACGUGCUACUUUCCAAUUA